AUGGAGCUGCUCACGCCCAUAUCGCCCGUGGCCUUUGACCAAAGGCACAGCAUCGCGCGCAGCUCUUACUAUUCCGCCGCCUCCACCACCUCGAGCUCCUCGCCCGACCUGACCACGCCCACGACCACCGUCAGCACCGCCCUCACCAACCACGACAGCGACGACGACGACAACAGCAGCAGCGCCGACUCGUCGCGACAAUUCCGGAUAGUGCCCAAGAUCGAAGAGCUCGACGACGAAAAGUACAUCAAUGGACAGUUGCACGCGGUGAGGGACGCCAAGUCGCCGGUGGGCAUCGUGUCGUCGCCGCCUCCCCGCAAGAAGCGCGGCCGCCCCAGAAAACACCCCAUUGUCGACGCUAGCGAGUCUAAAAAGACCUCACACGCCCGCUCCAAGACUGGCUGCGGGACGUGUCGCCGGCGCAAGAAGAAAUGCGACGAGACCAAGCCAUCAUGCAUGAACUGCGAGAAGAACAACGUCGUCUGCGAUGGCUACGAGCCCAAGCAACCCUGGCGGAGUGGCAAACAAAAAGCAGCUCUCCAAGUGGGCCAUCUCGGACACUCAUCAGUGCCUCCUUCGAUACCGGACAUGGCGCCAGGCAUCAAUGGCGAUCUUGAUAGGCAACUCAUAUACUUCUUCUCCACUAAAAUCGGCGAAAGGCUGUCUCUCAUCGACGAAUCCAACCCGUUCUUGGAUCUUAUCAUGCCAUUGGCCAUGAAGAACGUUGGCCUCAUGCACAGCGUCUUGUUCUUUGCCAGCAGUUGCUUCCUGGCAAGCGGCCCUGGAAGUACGGACGAGGCGAGAGCCCGGCGAGAACAUCACCAUCAUUUGGCAAUUCAAUUUCUCAACGGACCCCACACAGCGCUCGAGCCUGACAACGCCAGAUCUGCUACACCAGCUCAAUCCAUCACAGCUGGCGCCGAGCUGACACCAGUCGACCAACCGCAGCCUGGAAGCAGCGCUCUCACACCGACGAGCAAGCCUGGAUCCCCCAGCAUCCCUAUCGCUCUUGCUCAGGCUUUGAUCCUAUGUCUGGAGACCGUUGCUUCUGGGAGCCUCGACAGUGACUAUCGAGUACACCUAGGCGCGAUGAAGGACAUGCUCAUUCAGCAACGCGACAACUUUGCCGACCAAAAGCUGCGAACCUUCAUUCUUGAAUUCCUUUUGUACCAUGACUUCAGCAGUUCCAUCACCAAUAUCGAACCCACCACCGACGACCGCAGUCUGGAGCUGAUGAAAGACUUCGAUCCCCCGCAAUAUAUGGUGUCCCCAGCAGCAGGCUCGCUACUCGGCGUGAUGGACGGGUUGUUCGGCUUGAUGUCUCGCAUCCGACAUCUCAGAGACACGAUCCGCGCAAAAAAGACCGUUCGCCCAGGGUUUUGCUGGCUCAGCCAUCCCGAAGUGCAGGUGGAAACGUACAGGAUCGACGACGAGAUUCGCAAGUGGGAGUGUCGCUACGUUCCGGAAAGUCCCCGCUUCAAGACCAGCUUGCUGUACCGUCAGUGCGUUUGGGUGUACCUCUGGCGUACUGUGUUUCCGUCUGAACCGCACCCCGCACUCAAGACGGCAGUCGACGGCGGCCUCAAGUUGCUGAAUGAGCUACCUUCGGGCGACAUCGACGACGUGGGCGGCACGCAGAGUGUCUUGCUGAUGCCCGUCUUCCUUCUGGGCUGUGCGGCAUUCGAGCAGGAACAGAGGCGCCACAUCACCGAGGCGUUCUACCGAUUGAAGACGUGGAGCAGGUUGGGGAAUAUCUCGCGCGCUGAGGAGGUUGUGAGGGACGUGUGGGAGCUGAUGGACCAAGGGAGGGAGCAAGAGUCUUGGGAUUGGGAGAAUGUCAUCGCGCGACGAGGCUGGGAUCUUCUGAUUACUUGA